UUUUUGAAACGAGGGUAUGCAUUUUAGUAUAAGAAUAUCUCGCCAAGAUAUGAAGCCGUAUUUAGAUUCAGAUUAUUCCAUUAGUCGCAACUUGCGUCAGAGACAUAGAAAACAGGGAGUUUCUAAUGAAUACUCACAUCAUUUAGAUUCCGAAAAUAAAAAAAAAGGCAGAAAGAAAUGUCAAAAUGGCGCAUAUGAUGAAUACGGAAAUAUUCGCUCAAACGGCGACUGUAUGAAUCAAGAAUGUGAUGGUUGCUGGUAUAAUUGCCGAAGUUGUGGGUCUACCAGGUGUGGUCCCCAAUGUCGCUCGAAUCGAAAGUUUUUUUAUGAGGACAUUACAUAUGACGUGUUGGACCUACAAUGGGGCGGUUCGAUUCGCGAAAUGGUGCGAUAUUGUCCUCUGCAGAGGACCGUGUGCGAGUGAUAGUAGAAAAGUGCUGAUAACCUAACACGGAGUUAAGUUCAUAAGCAAGGCGUUCAAGAGGUUGCUAUAGGAGCUGGGGAGCGACACAAUCAAACGGCUUCAUACAAUCCACAGGAGUACCCAACGAAAAGCGCCAAUAGUACCGUGAAGAAACUAAGGGAAAUGUACAAGCUGGUGCGGUGAAGUAUAAAAUCUCGCCGUUACCGGUGAGCUGUAUCCUGGAGCAAACGAUAUCGUAAUGGAGAACGGCAAACACAUAUAUAAAGGCCGGAACUGGAGCGCAUACCCGUACCGGCUCACAUACACAGAUGUGAAUUUUGUGGGAGGCAUAUGCACCUACCUGAGAU